AUUACAUACGUUUUGGUUGGCGAUCCAAAAAGCUCGAAUGGACUCCUUCACUAGCAGCCAUGUCCCAAUUGGAUGAAGAGACACCUCUAUUGCGGCCUGAGGAGCAGGUCAAAAUAAAAACUCCACUACCUUGGCGUCAAUUAUCCAUUAUACUUUUCUUGCAGCUCACCGAACCUGUAACUGCUCAGGCAAUUGCUCCGUUUGCACCUCAGCUGAUCAGAGAUAUUGGAGUGACUCAUGGCGAUGAAUCGAGGGUAGCAUAUUUUGUUGGUAUCAUGUACUCCGUGUUCUACGUAGCUCAAGCCCUUACAACCCUUCAAUGGAACCGACUCUCUGAUCAUGUUGGUCGAAAGCCAGUCAUCUUGACCGGUCUGUUUGGUAUAUCAAUUUCCAUGUUCCUAUUUGGACUUUCCAAGACCUUCGGGGGCUUGAUAUUAAGUCGUGUGUUGUGUGGAGCGCUGAAUGGCAACGGUGGUGUCAUUAAGAGUAUGAUGAUAGAUGUUACAGAUUCAAGCAAUAUGGCUCAGGCGUACGGGUUUCUUCCUAUUCCAUGGAUGACCGGGAAUGCGCUCGGACCUCUCAUUGGCGGGUCUUUGUCCCAUCCGGCAGAUCGUUUUCCUAGACUGUUUGGGCAGUCGACAUUUCUGAAGACAUAUCCUUAUUUCUUGGCUUGCGCUGGUCCAGCAUUAUUCACCGCAUUCACGUGGUUGGUCACGUAUAUGCUUCUACAGGAGACUGUGCCAACGACGACAACCUUAUGGAGUCUGGUUCGGAACAAAUGUCAGGCGUUAGUACAUACCAAGCCACCGCAGCCGGAUAGAUCAAAUUCCGAUAUGGUUCAAGGUUCCUCCGACGAUUCUAGGCCCCUGCCUCUGAGCGCAUUAAUGACUCCGCGUGUUCUUAUUGUAACGUUGAAUUACGGAACUCUGGCUCUUCUUGACAUCGCUCUGCGUACCCUAAUACCCGUGUUUUAUUCUACGCCAGUAAACAUGGGUGGACUUGGCCUCGACCCUCCACGAAUUGGCAAUAUUCUUGCAGUAUUCGGUAUUGCCAAUGGUCUAAUCCAGGUGUUUUUCUUUGCUCGGCUGCAUGACCGAUUUGGCACGAAGUUGGUAUACACUUGCGGAGUCGCGUCUAGCGUACCGACCAUCAUCGCAUUCCCGACCAUCAACAUGUUGAGUCGGACGUAUGGGAUUGGUGCCGCAGUUUGGUUUGCUGUCGGCCUUCAGCUCACGAUGUCUAUCGCGUUAAAUAUGUGUUAUGCUUGCGCAGCGAUGUAUAUUGCAGCUUCAUCCCCAAAUCGUGCAUCAUUGGGUGCCACUAAUGGUGUUGCUCAUACGGUCGCUGCGUGUGUACGCAUCAUUGGACCUGCAUCGGCAAUGUCGAUGUUUUCAUUUUCCGUGAGAGACCCCUAUUGUGCGUGGGCGGUGUACUAUUUUAUGAUGAUGCUGGGACUCCUUGCAAUUGGCGUGUCUUUCUUGCUGCCCCGUCGAAUGUGGACGCGUGGUAGCUAGUUUUUGUCUCGGUCGUUAGCAGUGAUACAUGAUACUUGUAUCCUUGCAAGCAAUGCUACAUAUCAUAACUUC